AUGCCGACAAUUGAAGUCCUCCCUUCGUCUUCAACUACCAGUGGCCCAAACUGGACCUACUCAAAUCUUCCUCCAGCCCUCGCUCAUAGGAAUACGCUACCGGUGGCGACCCGUGUUCGGGCAACUCGAAACAAUAAUUUUGAAAAUAGCGCAGCAAGGCAACGGCAAAUUAAUACCAGGAUAUUAGAGCUGGAAAAUGACAACUAUAGGGAUGUGAAUAUACCGAUUCCAGUCAAAGGGAAGGGGGGACGAUCUUCUAAUAGGACGAAAGCAAGCAGCACACAAAAUGUCCGCCGUAUUCUUGCUUCCCAAAAGACGUUCGCAAACCAUUUAGCAGAUGAAGAAGCUUUGCACCCUAGCGUUACCGGUUCCGCGGCAGCGACCCCUUCUCACCCAACAUCCGGAUUAUUAGAUGCACAAGUGUUACAGGAUGAGGAGGACGCAGGUCAGCCUUUGGGAUACAUGGCCGCGGCUUCGGCGCCCCCUACGAAACCCAAGAGGGUAUUCUGUGAGAUUUGUGGGUAUUGGGGGAAAUAUCGAUGCCAAAGGUGUGCGGCAAGGUAUUGCGGGUUGGAAUGUGGUGCUGUGCAUACAGACACGAGGUGUAAUAAGUUUUAUGCCUAG